AUGCUUCAAGAAGUAAUUGAUUUUGCAAAUAAUUUCCGGGGAUCUUCUUUAAUGAUAUUACCAUCUAUGUAUUCUAAGGAAAAUGAAUCAACAUCUAAUGAAAUCAGUAAACUUCUAAAUUCUGAAUGUGAAAAAGAAAGAGCAGUUGGAGUGAAAAAAGUUAUUUACUUAAUGUCACAUGGAAUAGAUGUAUCAGAAUAUUUUUUACCCAUUGUUAAAAAUGUUGCAUCUUCUGAUUUAGAAAUACAAAAGCUUAUUUAUAUUUAUAUAACACGUUAUGCAGAAUACGACCCUAACUUAGCUCUUCUUUCUAUUAACACAAUUCAAAAGGGAUUAAAUCACAAAAAUCCUCUCAUUAGGGGGAUGUCAAUUAGAACUUUAUCAGGAAUUCGAGUAACUGCAAUUUCAAAAAUAAUUUUGUUAGAAAUAAAGCGUUGUAUUAUGGAUAUGUCAUUUUAUGUAAGAAAAUCUGCAAUAAUUUCUAUGAUAAAAUGCUACAGAUUGGAUCCUUCAUGUAUUUCUACAGUAAUAGAAUAUCUUUCACUUCUUUUCAAUGAUAAAUCUCACAUGGUAUUCGGCUCAGCUCUUUUUGCUUUUCAGGAAAUAUGCCCCGAAAGAUUAGAUCUUAUACAUCCACAUUACCGUAGAAUCUGUAGAACUCUUCAUGAAUUGAAUGAAUGGGAUCAAACGAUCGUAUUAAAUAUUCUUUUAGUUUAUGCUCGGAAAUGUUUUUUAAUACCAGAUAAUGUAGCAUGUCAUGAUCAUAAUUUAAAUAAAGAAGAAAAGUUUUAUUCUAGCGAUGAAUCUGAUCAAAAAACACCAAAAUUAAAAAAUAAUACUCUUAAUGAAGAUUUUAACUUACUCUUAACAAGUGUUGUCCCAUUACUUAAAAGCAGAAAUAACUCAGUUGUAAUGGCGGCUUGCAAAAUAUUAUAUCAUAUUGGAUCUUUAACAAAAUUACAUGAACUUGUAAAACCAUUAAUUCGACUAUUAAAAGGAACACCGGAUAUCCAAUAUAUUGCAUUAACUAACAUUGUAGCAAUUUCUAUUAAAUAUCCUACAGUUUUUUCUUCAUUUUAUAAGCAUUUUUUUAUUUAUCCAUCUGAUUCUGAAAAGAUAUGGAAGUUAAAAUUUGAAAUUCUCUCUCUAAUUGCAACAAAAGAAAAUGUAAUAAAUAUUUUGAAAGAACUUAAGUGGCAUACAAAAAGCUUGAAUCCAAAUAUAGUAUCUAAUGCAAUAAAAUCUAUCGGAUAUUGUGCAAUUAAUCACUGUUUUAUUUCAGAAUUAUGUCUUCAAAGUCUCAUGACUAAUAUUAAUAGUUCUAAUGAUGUAUUAGUAGAAGAAUCUGUAUCUGUAAUAUCUCAAUUGAUACAACUUAAUCCAAAAGAUCAUUUACAUUAUAUAGAGCAACUUGUCUUAUAUUAUGAUUCCAUUUGUAUAGCAUCAGUCAGGACAUCUAUAAUUUAUCUUGUAUCGGAAAAUAUUUUUAGUCUUCCAAAAUUAUCAUUAGAUAUGUUAAGAAUUCUUGCAAAAUCAUUUUCACAACAAGAAGAAGUUGUAAAAAACCAAAUUCUUAUUUUUGCAACAAAACUAUAUAUUAUAUAUAAUUCAGAUUGUUUCAAAAAGAAGUCAGAUGAUUUUUUAACUGCUUUUCUAGAAAAAUUAGAUAUAUCAUCUAAUUCAAAUAACAAUAAUACUUUUUCAGAUUUAAUAUUAGAAGAAAAUGAAAUUUUAACUAAAAAUAUUGCAAUAUAUAACAAUUCAUCAAACAAACAAAUCGUUACAAAACUUUACGAUUAUAUUAUGUUGUUAUCUCGAUAUGACUUUUCAUUUGAUAUUCGCGAUAGAACACGUUUAUAUAAAUUUUUAACACUUAACCCUACUAGUUUAUUUUCACAAAGAAUUAUUUUUUCUUUAAGGCCAAAUACAAAAAUAAUAACAAAUUCUAUGGGCAGAGAAGCAUAUACACUAGGAAGUUCGUCCCUUACACUUCUUAAAACAAUAAAAGGAUAUAACAAUUUACCCAAUUGGUUAAAUGAUAUUACUCAAUUACCAAAUUCAGAUUUAAGGGAAGAAAAGUUUAAUGAAGAUACUAACUGUAACUUUUUAAAAAAUUCUACAUCAAAAAAAACCGAAAAUAGUUCAAUUCUGUUAAAUUUAAAAACAUUUGAAGCACAAAGAUUAGAUAAUUUUUAUAAGUCAAACACUGAUAGUGAAAAUACGGAUUCCGAUCAUACAAUAGAUUUUGAAACUGAUUUUAAUUAUGAAAAAAGCACAGAUAGUGAAAAUAUUGAAAAAGAAAUAAGUUCAGAAAACGAGGAUAUUAACUCUGAUAAAGCUAUUCCACUUUUGUGA